AUGGCCUCCCCCGACCCGGACCCAGACCAAACAUCCUACAUCAAAAUGUCCACCGCCGCCGUCGACAGCAGGGGCACCGACGCGAGCCUCGUCGGCUCCAACUGCCAAUACGAAUACUGCAACCAGCUCGACUUCCUUCCCUUCCGCUGCCAGUCCUGCAACAAGACCUUCUGCCUCGAGCACCGCACUGAGGACGGCCACGCAUGCACCAACCCGGGCGCCUGGGCGCGGCGCAAACGCGAGGCCGAGCUUGUCAGGCAGUCCGCGGGCGAGGGCAAGCGCAUGCGCGACUCUGUCGCCCAAAAGCCCUGCGCCGACGACGCCUGCAAGACGAUCAUCGGCACGGUCCUGCAGCCCGGCGUGCACUGCAGCAACUGCAAUCACGACUACUGCCUCGCGCACCGGCUGCGCGAGGACCACGAUUGCGCGCGCAAGACGCCCAUCGGCGCGCGGGCGGCGGGGGCUGCGCAGGCGGCCGCCGUCGCCGACGGAGCCAAGAGCGCGCUCGAGAGAUUCCGCCUCUGGGGCCAGGCCAAGAAGCAGCAGGCCAAGGUGUCGUUGGCUCCGUCGAGCCAGAAGCCCAAGGUCGCGCAGAUGCUAGCGGUGAACAACCUAAAGAAGACGGCUAAGGGGGACGCCAAGAUCGCGCCCGAGAAGAGGGUGUAUCUAUACGUCGAGGCGGAGGCGGCGACGGCCAAGGCGAAGAUUCCGAAGGGGGAGUUUUUCUACUCGCAGGACUGGGUGGUUGGGAAGAUGUUGGAUGCUGCCGCGAGGAGUUUGCAGGUGCAGAAUAUCAAUAACCAGUCGAGUUCUGAGGAGGAUAGGUUAAGGGUGUUCCAUGUGGAAGGGGGAAGGUUAUUGGAUUUUAACGAGAAACUGGGGACAGCUCUGCAGAGCGGGAACACGGUCGUGUUGUUGAGAGGCGUUGGGCCGCCGCCGGAUUUGAUCGAGGCAUGA